GGAGGGCCUACAUACGUUCAAGAUUUCUUCUCACUAUUCUCGCUUCUUUCACCCAGCAGCAGCAGCAAGCAGGAGUUGUACUAACUCCAAGAUCUUCACCACCAGUAAGAAGGGGGCAUACAGGACAGGAGUAGUACAAGUUAAACUCGGUCGGAUUGUUCUCGCUUUCCUUCCAACCAGAGUCUCUGCCUGCCUGCCUUUCGCCCUCUCUCUCUCUCUCUCUCUCUCUCUCUCUCUCUCUCUCCUUCUUCUUCCUCUUCGGGUUGUUCUUGGUUGAGUCGGCCCGUCGUCAGUCCGCUCAGUGAGUCCCACACGCCGAAGGUCUACUACUGCCUGCCAUCGACGAGGCAGACCUAUAACACGCUGAAACUGCGAAUACUUGUGAGCCCCACCAACCACACCACCACGGCACACCAUUAUUAUCCAUCCACACACAGUCUGUGUCCCAUGUUCAGUCUGUGGAAUAAUAUUUCUGCCCAUUCUACAUGAGAGUAGAAGUGAAAGAAGAACAAAGCUGCGGGAGGAAAGCAGUGCCGUCGGAACAUCCAUCCCCAAAGUGUUCCAACCACGACUACUGCUACUAAAGUUACCUUCACUUCUUUCACAUUUACCUAUCCCAUUAAAGAUAGAGUAAAUCCAAAUCCUUCUUUUUCUUCUUCUUCUUCGUCUUCUUCGUCUUCUCCUCUCUUCUUCAUCCAUCCCAGAUCAUCGAAUCUAAUGCAUCCCACAAACUCUACUUUCUCCAUCCAUUCUUAACAAAUACCUCACUUUCACCUUCCCUUUAACCAACUUCCACCAUUCCUGCUGCUUGGUGCCGUGAAUUUUUCUUGCUCAGUUAUCUUCAGCUGCGAUUUACUGCUACUCUCUCUCUCUCUCUACUUUCCAUCACAUUGUGAAAAUUCAUUGCCAAGCCAAACCAAAAUGAGCAAAAUGAAUGUUUUACGUUGAUUCGUCCUCUUUAACUAACCAACUCAAAGUGCAACUGUAACUUUUCACAGACCAAGAUAGCUACAACUUGAGGUCUCAGUUUUUGUGCAAUUUUAAAGAAACUAGUCGGCUCACGUCAUGUCAUAGAAUCAGCCGCCCUUUCUCCUUUCCCCUUCGAUGUGUGCCAAGAUCUGGGCUGGGGCCGCAAAAGUAGAAUAAUGGGAAAUAUUGUUGCGUGGUGAAAGUGUGAGGUGAAUGGAAGGAACUACAUAAUUUGCUGGACACCGGCUACUGGACUAGCAGACUGAGGGACGGAAGGAUAUACAUUUCAAGUCAGUAACAUUUGUUUGUCAGGAUUUUUCGUCAAAAUAAAAAAACUUUCCGAUUUCAAAAUUAACGGAAUGCUCGUGGACGACAACGGUCCAAAGAUUGGGUGGCUACAGCAGCGGGAAGUGUGUGUGUGACGUGACAUUGUUUCAUGAACAUGCCAUUAUCUCCUCGUGAAUCGAUAAUGUAUGGGAGGUAACGCAAAAUGAGGUAGCAAACUUUAUCUGUCACCACUUAGGGACGUCGACUGUUGGCCGUCGUGGUCUGUUGAAUUAAACAGUCGCCUGGCACACCACUGACUCUUUUUAGAAUAUCCAAUUUGUGUGGAAAGGAAGAAGAGGGAGCUAUAUGAUUAGCUGGGUCUCGGCUGUUCGGCUCGGGUGAAAGUUUUUAUUGCAAAGUGAAAGUCGAUCAAUACAAUUACGUAUUGCUUAAUUCGCCACACAUUGGAUUAAAGUGAGCUUGAUAAGUUAAAAGUUGGCUCAGUAUAUCACAAAGGAAAAAGUUGCUGAAAUUUUUCGUCGACGUUAGAAAUUUGAACUUUACAGAAAAAUAUAACAGCUCAUUAUCGCCAUUGAUAUUAAAUGUGGGUCACUUUGGGAACAUUUUUAUUUCACACCGGUUGUUUCUUCGGUGAAGUAGUUGGCUAAAAGGGCAAUCAAAAAUAAUAAUAUUAACGCCGACGUGUAUUAUCUACAGGUGCUAUUUCGGCUAUUAAUGAAUAUUCGCUCGAGUUUGCAAUUCUGAAAUUCCAAUGGCCUUAGUGUGUGAAGCGUUGCCAGAUUGGUAGUCAACGUCGUCGUAAAAUAUUGUGCCAGAGUUAGAACAUUUAAAACUGUUUCAACCAUAUUGACCUCCCACACGACGACAUAAUAAUAAUAACAUAGUGUGCAUCUGUAUACAACUCUCUGCCUCGCUGUAGUCUUUAAACCGUGCUCUUAAUCAAUAAAAUUUAACCCUUUCUCAUUUUUACAUUCAACUUCCCUGCAGCUAAAAAUCGAAUAUUAUAUUAAUAAUUCCAGAGGGAAGAAACGACACGGUUUAAUUGUCUCUCUGUCUGUGAGGGGUUAACGUUUUCCGGAAAGCAAAAAAAUGGAGCUGCAUUUAUCAUGACCCUCCUCGUACAAAACAGUUAAUCAGGUACAGGAGGUGAAAAGAAAGGUCUGAGGAAUAACCAAUAAGUUUGCUAUCUCAAGUCAACGUUCAACGGAUAUUACUUCUGCUGCUGCCAACUGCCAUACAAUUGAACCUAGCCUACACAAGGCCGAAUUUGUCAUCAACAACCCCCACAUCUCGAAGAAGCAAGAAGCAAUCAAACUAAACCGCAAAUUCUUGACCAUCAUCGAUGAAGUCUGUUCCAUUGAUCGUGUGAAAGGAUCUGCCGCCUUGGUGAAAAUUAGUGUUGAUGAUAAACGGGGCGUAAUUAAUCGUAUAUCGUACGUACCGUAUACGCGCCCAUCAUCCACCUAUUCUUCACCUCGUGAAUCCUCCAAAUCCAAUUAUGAGCAUCCAAAGAAGAAUGGCCAGCGAAUUCAGAACUCAAUGCUUGCCGUCGCCCACCACCAACGACACUGCCUUCAUAUCCCCUACUUCCAAUAAUUCUUCAGCAAGUUCGGGUACGAGAAAGAGAACAAGAAUUCCACCGCCACCAUCAUCAACGUCCGGCGGAAGAAUGACAUUGUUCACAUUAAUUUAUAUAUCCUUGGCUGUCAUAAUCCUCUUUUUGUCACCAAGUGCUUAUGCAGACGGUUGCACCCCCUUGUUCCUCUUGCGGAAUAGCAACGGGACUGAAGAAGGACCUCUGUUAAAUAAUUAUGAUGAAGACUCGAAAAAUGAAGUGAUGGUUAGAGAGGGGGCGUCUUUCACCCUAAGUUGUGACCUAAGUCGCUUUCACAACUUGAAGUGGAUGCUUAAUGGCAGAGAAAUAACUCCUCAGAUUCAGGAUGAGUUGGAUAUAUUUGUUGAGACUGGAAGAGAGACGGAUGGCUAUAUAUAUAGUGAACUACUUGUGGUUAAUGCCUCGACUAAAUUCCAUGUCGGCGAGUACAAAUGUACGCCGGUUUGUCUCUCUUCCAGCCGUGUUGGAGCAAACCAUGGUGUCAAGGUCACAGUGAGCAUUGCUAUACCUUUAAUGCUAAGUACUAAUGCCACCCUAAAAAAUGGCAAGGAGGUCUAUAAGGAGUACGUAGCAAGAGGAAAACACGUCGAUAUUACAUGUACAGCCCCCGUGCCAGAUGCUGAGUUGAAGUGGUAUAGAUUAGUUAAUGGGCAACCGGAAGAUAUGGACAAAGUGUGCGGUGUCCCGGAUGUCGAGUUGUCGGAUAGAAAGAAGCCCCCCGUGCACUGUAAAGUGAAUCGAGAUGUUAAAAGCGAUUCUGUCAUUAUCAAACUUGAAAUCAAGCGAGUUCGAAAAGAAGACAACGACACACUUGGGACUGUUAAGGACUUCCGUAAAUAUAUGUGCAAGGCCAAUAGAGGAAAUAAUGAGGGAAAGAAGGAAGUCGAGGUGGCCGAGCGAGUAUCUGCCACCAGAACAUUCGACCACCGCGGAGUUAUGAGUUUGACGGUGACGGAAGGAGAAAAGCUACAAAUUUAUUGCGAUAUUCAUGGUGUUAAUAGUUCAGACUUUGAAGGUAGUAAUCCAAAGGUGGAAUUAAAGUGGACAAAAGAUGGGGAGGACUGGAAUCCUUACAAGUUUGCCGGACCUGAAGACAUUAUUAAGAUUGGCCGAGUUGAAGAGACCGAAAAGGGCAAACCGUACCGUAGUGGAUACAACAUCACAAUGGCAGAACGAGAUCACCGUGGCUUUUAUACGUGUUCUCUGGUGAGACGAGAUGACAAGUAUCAGUCGGAUCAGUAUGCAGGCCCAUCCCUUGAAAAGAAAGAUCCGGAUAAAUCCGUCGAAUUUACAUACUACGUGCGAGUUAAAGAUAAGCUGGGAGCCCUCUGGCCAUUCCUCGGAAUAUGCGGAGAAGUAAUAAUCCUAUGCGCUAUAAUUCUGAUCUAUGAAAAGCGUAAAAGUAAAGCGGAAUUAGAAGAGAGCGACACAGACGGGAGCCCGGAUCAGAACAACUCAAAUUCAAAUGACUAAACCAUGGCUGCAUUUUUUCAUGAAGAGGAUUAACCCAUUAUUAUUCUACUAAAUAUUUUAAUGAUGUUACAUUGGACAACAGGAAUCAGCAGUUGUAUCAAGAGACAUGAUAAUUUGUCUCUCAUAUUAAAUCAACAGUGAAAAAGAAGCAGAACGUUGAACGUCUACUUGGAGUGAUCGAUGAACUGGAUCCUCGUCUUGCCUUGUUCAUGAACUUCUUCAUAUAUAAAUAUAAUAUAUAUAUACACACACACACAUCGCAUGUUGAAUUCAAGAUUUGAGUGUGAAAAUGACUACUAUUCGUGAAAAGUAUACUUUGUAUCCGUUCAUGCCAUAUAAUCUACUUUGUUAUGAAAGUCAGUAUUGUUUCCUUCUUGUGAGUCUCAUUGAGACUGUCUCAAUUGUAUUAUUAAAGUUUUUUAACGAGGGAGGGUCGCACCACGACUGGACGACACGUCGUUACAGGAUUUUGUUCCUUGCGUGAUUUUGACUUCUGUCCUCUUUAACCAAAAUAUAUCCUGCUGGCCGGAGUUUGAUCGUGUUCAAUUUCUGAACUUUGAAAGUGACAAACGUAACACAUUAAGUGUAGUGGUAUAUAUAUAUAUAAUAUAUAUAUAUAUAUAUGUGUAUAUAUAUAAAUAAUAUUCCAAGAGAUGCUAGUGGGGUAACUUGUUUCAUUGCAAACCAAAGGUCAAUCAUCUAAUUACAUUUAAUAAACUCAGACUAGCGACAACGAGUUCGAAGCUAUAAAAUACUUAACCAGUAAUCAUUCGAACCAAAUCGUCAACCCUACUACUAUAAUAACUCUGCCGGCGGACAACACUGCAUACACUAUCGAACGAACAAAAAUCUGUUGUCAAUGGAAUUGGAUGAAGAUAUUGUCGAUUCAACUCGUUUAUGUAAAUAACUAAUCACUCUAACUUUAAAAUCGGCAAAUUGCGAUUUGUAUGUAAAAAAUGAAGCACAUAGUAUGGAACAAAGUGUCGCGAGUUGAUCUGUUCUCAUCUUGACUAACCUUAUUGUUCUGACGAUAAACGUCGUAUGGUAAAUAUUCAGACAAACUAUACUUCGUUCUUGUUGGUGAGAUGAGUUGCACAAGCGAACUACAUAUAUACAUACAUACUCUUCCGUUGUGGGAUGAUUUAUACGAUUGUUUCCUCGUAGCCGAUUUUCAAUCAUGAGCAGAGAAAGCGUACCAUAGACUAAUAAGCUUCAAUUUAUUCUCCUGUCACACAUACAUUUCAUGUUGUAUUUAAAGUACUCCCUUUCACUACUCUUUAACCUUUUGCCUACCGACUCCACUGUUGAAUCAAUAUUCAUGUUUCCUCUCAACUAUUAGACACUACUGGCUUGCACAAAAGAAAAGAAACUAUAAUAAUAGCACUCGUAGAAAAGAAAGUUACUCCCUCACACCAUUGACGACCUUGCAGAGUCUCACUGUCAUGUCAUACGCAAAAAAACAUUAAUGUACUUGAACAAUUUACACUUGAUGCACUCCUGUUAGUUUAGAACUAUAAAAUAAUAUCACGUUGUUACCAUUGUUGUUGGGCGCAUUCCGACCCCAGCAGCAACCUCACAUUUGACUUACUCUACCGUUACAUAUAAAAUAGAAUCAAAAAGACAAGCUAGACUAGAUAAUAGUACACGGAUGUAGGGUACACUAUGCAUAUAUUUAUAAUAGUUGGAUAUUAAUCAAGUUCGGAUUUACUACAAAACAAGAUUUUUUCUCUUGGGUUUCGAGUGAAAGUGAGACAGUUGUUGCCACCGUGUGAAGAUUUGUAUUAAUUUUGUAUUGCUGCCUGAGUCAUGAGUUAACUGUACUGAAGCCAUGAUAUUAUUCAUUUCCUGAACUUUCUCACAUUCUUUCACCUUCAUUUUAAUUGUACUAUGUGAAACUCCAGCAUAUGUAUGUAAAUAUACAUUUAUUUGCUUAUUCAUUCUGCCAUUUAGGAUUCCCUAACAUUUGUGAACUAAAUAUGCUCUUGCAGCACAUUAGAAAUGUUUCAAUGGACUGAUUCUUACCAAAGCAUCUUGUUGAUUCUCACUCUAUAGGUUUUUACCUUGUCCCGAAAAACUACUAUUUUUCACUUUAUUAUAAACCUCCACUCACUGUACACUUGUGUCAUUAUGCAGAAUGUUUUUUACUGUUCGUGUUCAAACCCCCUCUCAUCUACUGUAACGCUUGCCUGUAAAUCUGCAUAUUAAACCUAAAGAAUUAAACAGCCAUCAAGCCGAUUGUCUCAAGAAUGAACACUUUGUAAAAAAAAAGAAAUGUCAAGUUUGCCUCGAUAUCAGAAAGCGAGCUUGAUUGUUUUUCUUACCUGAUCUUGACAUCCAAAGUAAAAUUAGUUCUGAUUAUGCUCAGUUCGUUAAGAUGUCGUGUGAAAGAAUGGUUGAGACACAAAAGUUACAUGAAUGUUUCUUAGAUUAAGUUCACAUUAUGGAAAAUAAAAUACCGAAAAUGCAUUUAAGUUGGCUGCUAAGGUAAUAUUAUAAGACAAAACUGCAAUAUAUGUACCUCUUUCCUCUCGUUAAUGAUGACGACAAGAAGGGGAUUAAAUAUGAUUAUAGCGGUAGUAACGAUUCUGCCAGAAAACAUUGAUUCUCACAUCAGUGUUUUGUAUCUUAUGCAAUUAGUUGAUACAAUUUAGCAAAUCAUGAACAUUACUCGAAACCGAUAAUAUAAGUGUGCGUGUGUGUGUGUGGGAGCACUUAUUCUCAACGAAAUUUCAUUAAUCUUGGUACUAUUGAAGGCCUCUAGUCAAGUUUUUUAUUUGAUAUGAAUUUUGUUCAGUUGUUCACAAAUAAACUGAAUUACAUCAAUUAUACAAAAAUAAAUAACAUUGUAUAGAAACUCAAAUAAAAUUGUGAUCUCGUCGUAGUUGCUUUCAAUUCUUUAUUUUUGUACCCAGCCUUCAGUUCAUAGCUUUGAUUUUUAACUAGUAUUGAUCAUGAUUAAGUACUUGCGAGACAAAAUAAUUUUGACUGUGCUUCAGUUAUUUUCUUGCAUCCACAUCCUACAAAUUUCAUUUCAAAUGAUUAAUGCCAUUUAAUUUAAACCAAAUUCGAAUUGUUUGAAUGCUUAACUGCCAGUUGAUUUACAUCUGUAGACGCUCGUUUGUUGGGUCGAAGAAAGUUAUUUUGGGAUGUUUCUUUUCUUAGCAAAAAAACCAACAGUCCUUUUAAUUUAGUAUUGAAUUUCCUUAGCAGUGGUGCGUUAUGUAAGAAUCUGAGGCGCUAUGCACACUUGUGUUAGUAAAUGUUAGGCUAAUUAAUGUACUUGUAUAAGAUGGGAUAUCGACGGAUGAAUACUGAACAAUCAACGAACUCGCGUGACAAGGAGAGGUUCACUUUUUGGCCUAAUUCUUCCAUUGACUCAAUAACAUAAGAUUCACCAGUAUCCUCUUUUCACUCUUUAAAAAGAUUUGAUUAGCGUGUUUUAAGUUUCACUGUCGACAACUAUUUUACACUUAAAAAGCAUUACUGUCUCAUUCGGCUGAUAUUCAAAAUGACAUUUUCAAGUACCUUCAAAUUAAACCAUGUGUUUUGCUGUUGAGUGUAUGUACAUAUUUACAUAUACAAAUUUUCGUCGUCAGGAUUCAUUCAUCCAUCGAUGCUGCCAAUUGCCAAACUAUCUAUUUUGAGUUUUCUGAAAAACCUGUCUCGUCAGACAACUAUUUCUAAAAUCUUCAAGAAACACACGAUACAACAUGAAGCAGCUUCCUUACUAAAAUUAUCUGAAAUCUGUAGCCAUAAGCAAAUAAGGGAGGUCGGUAAUGCGUCGCCCAAACAAUGAGUAAUAAUAAUAAGUAAGACUAAUACCACAUACGCCACCAGUUUUUGCUGUAGUAAUCAUAACUAUGCACGAUGACUCAGUUUAUACAUAUUUAGCUACACUGUCAAUAUUAUAUAUUAUCGUAUAAUAAGCACAUUACUACAAUUAAUACUUGUGUAAUUAUCCCUAUACCAACUGAAAUGUAGACUUGUCGUUACUAUAUAAAUAAACAUGUACAUAUUUAGAUGUCUGUACUACCUUAAAUGUAAGGUGUAGCUUCAAAACAAAUGCAAUCUAUUAAACCAAAACGUUAAGUGCUCUAC